GGUUCGCGCGCAACGCAGUGUCUAGAUCUACGUCGUUGGUGGUCGCAUCCACACGGAUUUCGUCCACGCUUGCCGCACUGUCUGCCCGACUGGGCGGGCAUCAUGACGCACUAUCUCCGCGAUCGAUUGCUGCGGUUCUUCCGGCUUGCGCGCGUCACUGUUGGAACCGACUGCAGCGGUGCAGAAGCGCCAUUGUUCGCCCUGCGGGAGAUCCAGCGCGCAAUGCGGGAACACUGCGGGAUAAGAUUCGAGAUCGACCAUCAGUUCGCUUGCGAUAUUGAGGAACAUUCACGCCGGUUCAUACAGCUAAAUCUAUGAAGAGAAAGAUUACAUAUAGGAACUAAGUAGUUGAAGUGGAUAAUUAUUGGGAAAUCGUUUUCGAGAGCCUUUGACUUGCGCUGGAUUUUUUUCGUAAAUUGCUUAGAUACUCGAAAACAAUUUUAUUCGGUAAUUCUGUGGUCUUCAUCGAAUUUCUACGCUCAUUAUGGGACAGCAUGAUCAUGAUCAGUACUUUUCGAACUGCAUACCACGUUGUUUUUAGCUUUAAUCUGUUUCCCCGACACGCCUAUCGUUUACAGUGAUCUGACUGCGCGGGUGCCGCCAUCUUUAAGUGGUUUCUGUCACAAGCAGCAGAAGGUGUUGCCUUGUCCAGGCGACUUGGACAUUUACUGCGCAGGCUUUCCUUGCAAGGACUUCUCGUUUCUGAACAACCAGCGCAAGUGCCUCAGCGGUCCACACGCAAAGGUUUUUCACGGCGUUUGCAGUUAUAUUCGCUGCAAGCAGCCUGCUGUGUACGUGCUGGAGAACGUUGAAGGAAUCCGAAAACGCGAUAAAAACGGGAGGCGGCCCAUCAAUGACGUGAUGGCCUUCCUACGAAGUAUUAAGCCGUAUCGUGUACGCUGGUUUCGAUUACCCAGCCAAAACUACUACCUGCCGCAAAAUCGAUCGCGGAUCUACUUCAUUUUAUGUUGAUGGGUAUUAGUACUCAUGGUGUACGUUAAUAUGCGUAAUGGAAAUGGGCUUUGCUUCAUCUUCAUGAUUCACAAAAUUAUCGUACGUGUCAGGUCUGUUAACGGAAUGACUUCUUAGCACCCACCGCUGGCACAUUUUCUCCUUCAUGUCCCGGUGUCAAUAUGGAUAAAGUGAAUCUGCGCGUUGAUAUGGACUUGUGGUUCGAAGAUUUUGCGCGGAUGGAGCAAAACAGAGAAAUAACGAAGAAGCUGACAGUUUUGCACUGCAUGUACGACGAGGAGUCCCCAGUGGUGAAACGGACGUGGCAUGCGACGCCGUUGGGUUCAAGGCCACUUGGAGAUCGGCUCCUGUGGGAGUUAUGAGUUGUUUGUGAUGAGACUGUCUAGUUACUCUGGUUCUGAGUGGUUUGUUCUUAGAGCAGGAACUAGAUCUCCACGUGCAAUGAAUUGUUAUAGCACGACAUCAAGCAGGAGUACACAUCAUAAGGGUACGCUCCGUGGAGUUGGAAGCAAGUGAACUCCUUGUAUUGUCUCCUGAUCAUGUAGUUGUGGAGUUGUUCUAUGACAUGCUUAUCUGGGACACCUUCUAGUUCUCUAAGGACAGCCCAAAGCUACAAGUACCGCAAAGCCAUGGGUUGGUCUUUGACUGAGCGUCCUGUCGACGAACUGCCGAUUAAAAAGUGGGUCUCCAAACUCAAUGCUCGCGAAAUCGAGGUCUUGAACUUGCGUGCGCUGUCAGUAAAGUACGCAGACGGUCGAUUUCCUUCGCAGAAAUGGUAUGACUCCCUUUGGGUUCAGGAUUUGAGUCAGAACUAUCGUCUUGCCAGUUUCGCAGCGAAUGUUUGUCCAACACAGCUGCCGACGGCACGAUAUUGGGUGUCGCAAAAAAUGCGAUAUUUGUUGGCAGAGGAAAGCAUUAAGAAUUGGCACAUACUACAAUUAGGUCUUAAAAUCCCAGUAAAUACUAGGAGUAAGCGAUAAGUUGUAGGUCGUUUUACUACAAAUAGGUGACCUUUCGUCUGAUCAACGACAACUACAUCUAGAAAUUAAUUAUACCUUCUAUAGAUACAGAAAGCUAUUGAUCAUGGCGUCGAUGUGUUUCGUCUAAGACUAUGGCGCUUCAGGGGUUUCCGGUGCAUGAAAUUUGUUGGGGCAACCUUCCGCCGAACAAGAUCCAGUCUCUCGCUGGCAACGCGAUGAGCGUCCCGGUGAUGGGUGUGUGCCUCUUGCAAAUUUUUGCCUCGUGCGAGUUUCGCACGCCAUCUGCGGUUGAGGAAGCGCGGCGUCAGCGCUUGGCCUUCGAGGCGCGACGCCAAGCCUGUGGAGAGGAGAAGGAGCUCGCAGAAGUAUCAUUGCAUCGCGGUUUGCGUCUAGAGCUGACGGAGACGGGGGAUUUGAACACGUGCGUGAAGAAUUACACAGCCUUGGCCACAAAGGAGUUGGAUUCCCGGCAUACAAAAUUGAAAAAAGGCGUUUUCUCAGCAGGCUACGAGACGGUUUUCACUCACGAACAAAAGGUUGGCGUAGAAGGGUCGUCUGCAUCUACAACUACUACUUUGGGAACAAGUACUAGCUCUUCACAGAUUAUACAGGAGUCUAUUUCAACUACCUCUGGGCCCUCUACAACACACCACGGUGCCACGAGCGGCGCAUCUUCAGGGCAGAGGCAGAAGUUUGUGCGCAGAAUAAAGCUGCCUAGGGACGUCGCGACGGUCCUGAAGAAGUAUAACUAUCGCGAUAGUCGCCAUCCGAUGUACGAGUCAGACGAUGAGUUCAAUGAAGAAAUCGGCCGUCAGCCGGGUACAACUAGGUCUCUUUCCAGCGGAAUGCCCAUCAUGUCAGCAACUUCAGGUUCCAGGUCGAGAACAGAGCAAUCAAAAACAGUAGGUGCUUCUUUAAUCGUUCAGGAGUCUACAAAUAAUUCAGUGGAUCAGAUGAACAUGAAAGGUGACCAUCAUCAGGAUCCAGAUGGGACUUCUGAUGAAGCGACCUGGUUUCGUGAAGCCUACUGGAGAGGUCGCGCGCGUGGGCUAGCAGCGGAAAGAAUUCUGCGAGCUUUGCAGGAAAAGCGUGGACUUCCUCUCUCUGUGGUCGAAAAAGUAUGUCGGAAAGACAAGGAGCUAUGUCAGGAGGCCUCAGAAUGGCUAAGGCGGCAGAAAAAUAGUACUCAACGUAAAGCCGAUGAUGGAGUUGGUUAGAUACGAAAAACAGAACAGUGAAUACUCCGUUAAUAUAAGAUGUGCUGUGAUUUUGCUCCCGAACUUGUUCUUCUAUCGUGAUUACAAGUUGCCUUACCACGACAAUUCCUCGCUUGGUUCUUG